GGCCAAACGGAAUACGUAAUGAAUUUAAAAUACUUCUAUAUUUUGGACAAAACCAUACUUUUUGGCCGAAGUAACAACGUUAAGCGUUAAUAAAUAAAUCGCACAUAAUUCUUGAUAAGCACACUAGCUGUUCCUAUGCCCGUUCAAUCGUCUGCCUCUAACACAAUCAGUUGGCUCCCAACACUAGUCGGAGGCAGAAAGAAGCACGAAACAUUUUUAUAUUUUGGGUAGCAAAAAUGAAUCGAAUUCGUAUAUGUUUACGCACCGCGGUGAGCAGACAUGGUUACAGACGUGCGCCAGGACGCGCACCAUUUAAUAUCUCGGCCAUGCAGCUCGCAACGGGCAGCAACAAUUACAGCGGCAAACAGGAAUUACAUAUUUGCCGAUUUUGCAGCAAUCUGCCGGAGCCCGAAUAUGUCGUUGAUGACAACACGUACGACCGUGUGUGCUCGGAGACGCUGGAUGCACUAUCCGAUUACUUUGACGAACUAACCGAGAAUGCUGCAGAUAUUACCGGUUCGGAUGUGGUCUAUGGCGAUGGCGUGCUCAGCGUUAAUCUGGGCCCAGUCAAUGGCAUGUAUGUGAUCAAUCGCCAGAAGCCCAACAAACAGAUAUGGCUGAGCUCACCAGUUAGUGGACCCAAACGCUUCGAUUAUAUUGUUCUGCCAGGCGAGGCCAACGGCCGAUGGGUCUACAAGCAUACCGGGGUGACGCUGCACGAGAUGCUCCAGGAGGAAAUAGGUCAAAUCUUUAGAGAGCAAUCGGUUAACUUCCUGAAGCUGCCCUAAAUUGCCACCAAUCAGUCUUAGAGUUUUUCAUUUAGUUAGUUUAUCUAGUUAGAUUUUCACUCUGUUCAUUGUGGGCAAUCCUACACGAGCUGGCGGGUGGCAUGUUACUUGUUAAUGAUAUAAAGACAAACAAAAAAUUAAAGUAUGGUCAAAAAACGCAAC